CUUCUAAUAAUGGAGCCCCGUGUUCGAGCGAGGCGGUUUGUUUAACUUAACGUCUAGUUGCUAAUUGUCCGCCGUUAUUGACAAACAUAAAAUGGAAAGUGUCACAGUUUUGAUUGUUGUUUUAUGUUUUGCCGGCAUUUCCGUACAAGCUACUGAUCUAAAAGUUAGCAUCUACUAUGAAUCUUUGUGUCCCGAUAGUAUUGCAUUUCUCAAAAAUCAGUUCUACCCUGCUUACAGUACUGUACUUAAGAACAAGAUAAAAGUGGAUUUGGUGCCUUUUGGAAAAGCAACGGCGACAAAAAAUGAUAAUGGUACAUGGACCUUUACAUGCCAGCACAAAGAACGGGAAUGCUAUGGUAACAAAGUUCAGUCGUGUGCAAUCGACAUUGCUUCGUAUAAUACAAGCAUCGAAUAUGUCGUGUGCGCUAUGAGGUCAGGAGAUGCUGCCAAUGAUGAGGUUCUUAAAGAGGUACAAGCUACUGAUCUAAAAGUUAGCAUCUAUUAUGAAUCUUUGUGCCCCGAUAGUAUCGCAUUUAUCAAAAAUCAGUUCUACCCUGCUUACAGUACUGUACUUCAGGACAAGAUAAAAGUGGAUUUGGUGCCUUUUGGAAAAGCAACGGCGACAAAAAGUGAUAAUGGUACGUGGACCUUUACAUGCCAGCACAAAGAACCAGAAUGCUAUGGUAACAAAAUUCAGUCGUGUGCAAUCGACAUUGCUUCGUAUAAUACAAGCAUCGAAUUUGUCGUGUGCGCUAUGAAGUCAGGAAAUGCUAGCAAUAAUGAUUAUCUUAAAGAGUGUGCUGAAGAAAACCAAAUCAAAUGGGAAGACAUCGAGAAUUGCAUAAAAACAGGUAAAGGUGAUGAACUUCUUGCAAAGUAUGGCGACCGUACGAAUGCUGUAACACCGAAAAUCACUUUUAUCCCGACAAUCGUAUUCAAUGACGUCUACAGCGCCGCACGACAAACAUUGGCUCUAACAAACUUUUUGGAAGUGACAGAGGUGUUGCUGGAGGAACCAAACUGUGCCAAGUGUUCUAGCUCUAUAGUAACUUUAUCUAUAGCUGUUUUGUUGUUGCCGUUGAUAUCAAUGUUAAAACUUCAUUGAUAACUUUGUUUUAAUUAAUUCUUUAAUUUAUAGUAAAUAUUAAAAAAAAAAAUUAAUUCUUUACAAUGUCACGACUGUGUUUAAAAGAUAAUGUAAAUACAUUUUGUACAUUUCAAUAAACUAUCUGAAACUGAUACAUUAUUAUUUGGUAAAAAUGAAGUCGUUUAUAAAUGUCUAUAUAUUUUCUAAACAAAUAACUCUCUGAGAUCUCUAAAAUUAAUAUCCCUGUAAGUAAAGUUCCUACAAAAUCACUUGUAACAUUCUAGAAUCCAAAAUAUUUUAAAGCAUUUCAUAAAAUAUUCUGAACACAUUUUGACGACUCCAGAUGUCACUAAAGAUGACCUGAAUUAUUUAGAGUUUCCUUGAAAGAUUACAGAAGAAGUCUGACUCUUUUCUAUCUAUUCUGAAAUCUUAUAGCGCACAGUCAAAUAUUAUUGGACAACCUCUAAAUGUUUCAGAGUUUGCUCAAAUCUUUCACAGUGCGUUAAAACCCAACAGUCUGUCCUGAAAUCCACCAGAAAUCUUUACAAAAUUUUAUGCUUUUCUGAAUUCGUUGGGAGUCCCUUAAAACAUUUCAGGAUGUUGAGUUUCUGAACUCCUUUGAAACUCCUCCUGAAAAUUGUCCUGAAAUCCACCAGAGAUCUUUACAAAAUUUUAUGCUCUUCUGCAUUUGUCAGAAGUCCCUUAAAACAUUUCAGGAUAGCCUGAAAUACCUGGAUUCAAUACCUGGAAGGUAUUGAAAUUGUCCAGAAAUAUUUGUACCAUUUAAUCCUCAACUAAAUUUCUUCCAGGACGAUCCUGAAUAGAUUAUAAUGUCAUUCUAAACUCAAAAUGCUCUAAAUAAUAAGUGGAGCUUUCUUAAAAUAUUCUAGCAGAAUUCUUAUGCAUUUUUGGCUAUUCUCAAGACUUAGGUACCUACAGAAGCCAACGAAAUGUUUUUAAAAAAUAUUUUGAAAUGACUUUUGAAAAUUUUCAGAGCAACCUGAACUCAACAAUUUGUCCUGAAAUCUUUUACAGAUCUCGGUAACAUUUUUUGUCAUGUUUAUUUUAUUUAGAGUCAUUUAAAAUAUAAUUUAGAGUCUAGUAAGUCUACAAAAUCAAUUAAACCAUUUAUACCUGUCCUCCACGUACUUCUGCAAUAUUCCAUUUGCUCCAAACCCUUCUAGAGCAUUCUUAAAUACUUUAAAGUGAUCUAAAUUUUUUGAUCACUGAUUUUUAAAUAUUCUAAAAAAAUUUCAGAAUAGUCUUGAAAUAUUUUAGAUUUUUCUCCUUUCAGACAGGCUUAUAAAAUACUUUGUAGUAUUUUAUGCUCUUCUUACUUUCUGCAGUAUCUCUUAAAACAUUUUAGUAGGGAAAAAGGUAAAAGAAAUAAUAAAUAAGAUUUACAAUCAGUUUAAUUUAACUAUCUAGACGACCUAUUGUAGAAAGUUUCACUUUCUACAAUAUGCAAAGCAUCUUCAGGUCGUUCGAUAAGGUUAAUUAAAUGCUGAAAUAAUAAAACUCAUAUUAGGGUAUUGUCUUAUAAAGAUAAACAAAGAUAAAUGAUAUAAAUUACAGUAAUUAUGCCAAUAUUACAUGUCUGUGGUUAUUCAAAAAAUGAAUAAGCAGACAAAUUAAGACCCACAAAUUGGUACAAAAAUAGUCUAUUGAAUUGUAAUAAAUUAGUAAAUAAACAAAACAUUACUUACAUGCCGGUACUCUAUUAAUUAAUGGUUGGAAGAACAUAGUUCAAACUAUCCUGUAUUGCUGAAUGGAGAACUUCAGUUUUUACUAUUGUAAUUGUUUGACAAGAAACUUUAAAAGUUUCUCUCCUCUCCUCAAGGGCUUUAAAAUAUUUAAGAAUAAACUGGACCGACAGAGUUAAAAAGGAGGAGGUUCUUAGAGCCUGAACCAAACAAAAGAAUUUAUGAAUAUAAUAAAGAGUCGCAAGCUGGAAUACUUCGGUUACAUUAUAAGACACCCUAAAAACAAUAAAUUUUUGCUUCUGAUCAUUCACGGAAAGAUCCAAGGUAAACGUGGUCUUGGUAGAAAAAUAACAUUAUGGCUGUAAAAGCUAAGACAAUGAUAAGGAAAAUUAACUACUUUAUUAGUUAGAGCUACUGUCAAUAAAGUUGCGAUAGCGAAUAUGGUAGCCAACAUGAUAUGAUCGAUAACGGUCAUGAAACUAUAAGAAGAAGAAGAAGGCUCACUGGACUCAUUCAAAACUUUUUUAAACUAGUAGAACCUAUCAUGAAAUCUUCUAGACAUUUUUGUAACUUUUUACUUUGUCUUAAAGUUUUCCGGAUUUAAAGUGAAUAUAACAGGCUGGUUUGAAUUUUUAGAGGUAUCUUGAAAGAUAUUAGAAAUGUUUCAAGCUUUCUUAAAGUUUUUCGGAGCAAUAUAAACUCCUUCUUUUCGGUGUUUGUUUCAUUUCUGGAACAAAUGAUUCAAUUUGAUUUACAAGAUCUCUUGUACAUUUUUUUGACACUUUUUUCAAUAUCUAAAAUAUUUUUAUCUCUUAUUAGUACUUUAAUAUUUAAUCCAUCUGCAUUAUUUUUUAUUUUUACUUCAUUGUCCUUAGUUUUAUGUUGCUUUGAUGUAGAAUUUCUGCCUUAUAAUCGCGAAUCUCAUCAGUGUGGUUUUUUAUGAUGUAUAAAAUAUUAUGCAACUUAUUGCUAUCUAACUCAUAACUAAUACGUAAGAAAUACGUAUUAGUAUUGAUUCUGCUAACACGUCGAUCAAUUAUUUCCAAUUUAGAACUAGCCGCAAUGAUAAAAUCAAUUAAAAAAUUCUUUUGAAUAGCUUUGAUCGAUCCAAGGUUGAAGUUUUAUUGUUUUAACAUUAGGUUAGUCAAUUUGUAGACGAUGUACUGGUGUUUGGAAUGUAAUAAUGAUAUGUUUGGAGAAAAACCGAUAAUAAAUUUUUAUUUGGAUAACUUAAUUGAAAGUGUGUUGUCGAUAGCGAGAAAUGUAUUGUAAAUAUAACUUAUUUGUGGUAAUAAAAUAAUAAAAAAAAAUAGGAGAGUGUAUUAAUUUAACAGAAUAGUUCUAUAAAACGAUUUAUUAGAUUGUUCCACAUUAGGAUUGUUCUGAUAGAGAUCGUCUUUCCCGCAUUUCCACCAAUUUCAGCUUAUCAUAAAGUCCUUCAGACUCCACUGAAACUAUUCAGGCAAUCCUAAAGACAUCCCAAGCUUCCUUGAAUAUUCCAAGAUGCCGUGAAUUAUUCCUUAAAAGCUAAAGUUGAAAUCGAUCAAGGUAUCAAUAUAAUGAGUGAAAUGUUUUCGACAAUAGAAGAGUAUUAUUUUAAUAUAGGUCUCAGCAUCUCUACAAAGAAAACCCAAGCAUGUAUAUUCUCCAAAAAACAUAGAUUACCACAAUCCAUAGUAUUCAAUAACGUUAAUUUUGAGGUUCAAUCAUUCAUUAACUAUUUGGGUAUGGUAAUAGAUAGGAAGUUAUUGUGGAACGAACACAUAGACCGCUUAAUAACAAAAACAGAAAAAGGAUUAAAUGCAAUAAGAUCAGUGUGUCAUACAAGUUGGGAAGCUGAUCCAAAUAUUACGCUUACCUUUUAUAAAGCUUAUAUUCGUUCAAUAAUAGAUUAUGGGUCAAUUUUUUAUAGUCAAGCAGCGAAGACUCACCUGAAGAAAUUAGAUAGGCUAGUAAAUAAAGUUUUAAGAAUAAGUAUAGGCGCACUUAAGAGUACACCCAUUUCAAAUUUAAACGUAGAAUGCAAUGAACCUCCACUAAAUUUCAGAAGAGAUUACUUAACGGGGAAGUUUUUAUUAAAAAUGUAUGCAAAGAAAAGUCCGGUAGUCCAAAAAUGCUUCGAGCUCAGUAUUUACGAUUUAGUCAAGGAAUAUUGGCAAAAAAAGCCUACAAUUCCUUUUAUUGAAUCGUACAAAUACGUAAGGAUACAACUUAGUAAGGACAUGUCGACUUCAAGAGAAUUACCCUGUUUUAAAAUAGAAUUAGAACACUUGGACAGCAUAAAAGUAGGAUAUCUUAGAGACUACUCAGAAUUCCCACAAUAUAUCCGGAAUAGCAUGUUCCAAGCUGACAUAAAGUCUAUGUUCCCUAAUUACUCAUAUAUUUUUUCGGAUGCAUCUAAAUCAGAUUUAAAGGUUACAUCUGCCUUUUACGAUCCAGAUCGAAAAUUUAGUACAGUAGUAGAUCUAAAUAUUAAAACCUAGAUAUAUACCGCUGAACUAAUAGCAAUAUUAGAAGCACUUAAAUACAUUAGUAAUUUCUUAAGAACAAAAUCUAAUUACGUUAUAUUCUCUGAUAGUAAAAGUUCAAUACAAAAAAUUGAAAAUAUUUCUAAAUAUACCAAUAUUGGAUUUAAUUAUGUGUUAUCUGAAAUUAUAAACCUGGUGGGUACAAUGAAAUUAAGAGGAUCUAAUGUAAUGUUUUGUUGGAUAAAAGCUCAUUGUGGAAUAUUAAAUAAUGAAAUAGUAGACAAAAUUGCUAAAUAUAAUGAACCAUCUAAAGAAUCAGAAUAUAAAUGCGUAAUUGAGGAUCUAAAUUCUCAUCUAAGAAAAAAAUGUUAAAUUCAUGGCAAACAAUGUACAAUUUGUCCAACAAUGGAUUAUAUUAUAAAGAUAUAAAACCAAAAAUACAGUCCUCAACGUGGUUCAAAAACUCAAAUUUUAAUAAAGAUAUGAUUAGAAUACUAUGUAGAAUAAGAUUUAACCAUGCUCUGUCUCCGUUACAUAAGUUCAGAAUUAAUUUAGCUGAAACUCCAUUUUGCGAAUGUGGCGAAAAAGGCUCAAUUGAGCAUUUAGUUUUAAAUUGUUCAUUAAAUACACGAUGUAUAAACCAAUUUAUAAUAAAAAUAUACGAGUAUAUCAAUAAGGAAAAAAUUCUUAUUAAAAGACCUUUUAAUUUAUCAGAUUUAAUAAAAACCAAUAAUUUGCAUAUUUAUGAAAUAAUUUUUCGCCACGUACGUGAACUGAAAUUGAAUUUCUAAAUGUAUUAUUGUAACAGUGUAUAUAUUUCAAACAUAAAAAGUUAGUUAUAU